AUGCUAGAAUCCAUUAUUAAGGAGAUAAUAGCAAGACGUUUAGAAAAUCAUACGACAAUCAAUCAGGGUCAACAUGGUUUUGUGAAAGGGAAAUUAUGUUCAACUAGUUUAUUAGAGUUAUUUGAGGAAGAAAAGCUAGGAACUGUGGGUGACCAGGUAGAUUUAGAGGUCCAUAUUCCAAAAUCACUGAAAUCUACUGGUCAGCUAAUUUAUGACAAAUGUGAAGAUAGCUGUUCACGCACAUUACGGACGGAUGUCGCCGGGGGUCCUUUUGUGACUAUCGGCGCGCGUCCCCGAGGCCCCUGGCCGGAAGUUGCCAUGUGGUGGCCGCGCUGUUGCCUCACUGCAGUUCGGGUGAUCAGAGCAAGGAUGAGCGGGGCUGCUGGCGGUGACAAGCGGAAAGAGAUCGAGGAGGAGCCGGGACUCGGGCUGCGGGGCAACGACCAACCUCCGGCUAAAAAACCCAGGAACAAGAAGAGCCAGAGCGGCCGGUACGUGCCUCCGCCCAGGAAGAAGAAUCCGGGUAUCAGCUUCAGUCAUCAGCACUUCAGCGAAACCCAAUAUUACUUUGAGAACGGACUAAGGAAGGUCUUUCCCUACUACUUUGACUUCCAGACUUACUGUAAAGGACGCUGGGUCGGGAAGACACUGCGAGAAGUGUUCAGCUCUGAAUUCAGGGUUGAGCCAAUGGAGUAUUAUACCCAGGCUGCCAAAGCUGGCAGAAUCCGGCUUAAUGAGGCACCAGCUGACCUUAACACAGUCUUAAAGAACAAUGAUUUUAUGAGGAACACGGUACACAGGCAUGAACCUCCUGUCACUGCUCAGCCAGUCGAGAUACUGACCCAGAACCAGGAGGUAGUUGUGGUGGAUAAACCGGCCUCCAUUCCAGUCCAUCCCUGUGGCCGAUUCCGACACAAUACUGUCAUCUUUAUCCUGGGUAAGGAACAUGGCUUGACAGAGCUGCAUACCAUCCAUCGGCUGGACAGGCUCGCCUCUGGUGUCCUCAUGUUUGCCAAGACGCUCGAAGUAUCAAAGAAAAUGGAUCAGCAAGUCCGAGAAAGACAGGUGCAGAAGGAAUAUGUGUGCCGAGUGCAGGGAGAGUUUCCAGAUGACGAAAUCACUUGUGAGGAGCCCAUCCUCAUCAUCUCCUACAAGGUCGGUGUGUGCCGAGUGGACCCUUCAGGAAAACCGUGCAGAACCUUGUUCCAAAAACUGAGCUACAAUGGCACGUCCAGUGUCGUGCGCUGCUUCCCCUAUACUGGGCGUACCCACCAGAUCCGGGUCCACCUCCAGUACCUGGGCCACCCCAUUGUAAAUGACCCUGUCUACAAUACUGAAGCCUGGGGACCCCAAAGGGGCAGAGGGGGGAAGGUGGAUAAAACGGACGAUGAGCUGCUGAAGGCAUUGGUGGAUGUUCACAGGUUAAAAGAAAGCCUGGAUCUUCUGGAUCUCCCAGAAGAGGACCACCAUUGUACCAUGGAUAAGGGUAGCACAGAGAACACAGGUUGCUCCACUCUGCCACUCAACAGCCAAACUGAAGGGACUGUGGGUGAGAAGAGUGAAGUCGUUGAGGAACAAAUGGGGAAGGCAGCAGAUGGCAGCUCUUUGGAAGUAACCAAGUCCACAGCCAGCGACCGGGAAGGGGAGCCAGUGGUUGUGACAGACACUCUGUGUGGUGAAUGCAAGCUGGUGAGGAAGGACCCAUCCGCAAAGGACCUAAUCAUGUACCUGCAUGCCCUGCACUACAAAGGGCUAGACUGGGAAUACAGGUCAAUGCUGCCCAGGUGGGCUGCUGCUGACUGGCAAGAGGAUUGAAGUACUCAUCACAAACCUGUGUAAAACCUGUACCAAAUGUACAGAUGGCACAAGCCUAAAUGUUCAGCUACUGGAUGGGUGUGUGUAUGAGAGUGAGUGAGAGAGAGAGAUGCUGGAAAUUAAAACUUCUGCCUUGUAUAAAUGCAGGAGUCUCUGAAAAGUUCAGUCAAUUCCAUAGAGAGAAGCAUCAAACUGUUUAUAUAUGAAAAUGCUAUUGAAGACACAAACCCUCUGCACUCAGUCUGAGUGCUAGUAGUCAGUGAGCACCACAACACUGUCCCUGAUCAUUUCCUUUACUGUCAUUUGCUGAUAGGAUGCUUGCUUGACUGGACAUGGUGGAAAUACACAUCAGUGAUGUUUAUUAACCACUGCACCUGAUCUUUGGAUUGUUUAACAGUAUUUUAUAAUUUUACCUCAGUUCCUGUUUGUUUGGAUUUUGUUUACUCUUAUAUGAGCAGACAAAAUAAAAUAUAUUUUAGCAGUGCCAA